AUGACCACACGAAUUACCUGUCCCUCCUGUAUUCUGUCAAAGUCCUGUUCUGGAUAUGUCUUUGGCAUUGGUAAAAAUAUGCUCAAUAGGUUGGAAGAUAAUAAAUAUGCAUACCGGCAAAAGAUCAAUCAUUACUACCCUUUCCACGAUGAAGGCAAAUGGGAACUAGGGAAGUUCUUGGUUGAAAACCUCACUCAAGCACAAAUCACUAAGUUUUUGAAGUUGAAAUGGUUUAACAAUUAUGCAAGGCCGUCUUUCACCACAAAAGAUAAACUCUUGGACUGGAUGGACUCGCUUCCUUGUUUUACGGAGUGGCAAGUCUCCAAAAUAGAGUUUUCAGGCUACAAGACCAUUUAUCCCAUCAAACUCAUUUGGCAUGAUGCUCAACUCUUUAGUGACCUGAUCUUUGCAAACCAUAUGAUGUUCGUCCAACACCACAUCGAUGUCGGAAAUCAGCGUGAAUAUGGAGAUUACAUGAGCACUGAUAUGGCAUGGAAAAUUCAGGACCACCUCCCUAUUGGUGCAACCCAGGUUCCCAUCAUCUUGGGAUCCAAUAAAACUCCUGUCACACGACUUACUGGAGGACUUGAGAUGCACCCAAUUUUCAUCAUCAUCGGUAAUAUCAAUUCAGAGGUUCAUUCCAAAGUGACAUUACGAGCUUGGCGCUGCAUUGCCUACAUGCUGAUCGUAAAAUUCUGUGUGCAUCCAGAUUAUCAGAGUAUUCUCCAGGCACGGCUAUGGCAUAAAUGCAUGGACCUCGUCUGUGCUAACCUCAAGGCCGUGGAAGCAGAGGGAUGUUUCAUGCCUGACCCUUUUAGAUUCAUCUGUUAUGUUUUCAUGCCACUUGUAGCUCAUGUAUGUGAUCUGCCAGAGGCCACCAUGAUCGCUGCAACAGUUGAUCCCUGGGACCUCAACAAGUUCCAGAAAGUGGCCAAAGCUCUCAAUCUGUCUGGAGUUCACAUGCCUUACUGGUGUGAUUGGAUAUAUGCAUGCCCAUCUGUGAAGGAGACUGUAGGAGCUUAUGAGCUUGACACCCAUUACAUUGUCCAGCAUAAGCAAGUUGGCACAUGCCACUUCACCAAAGGGAUCAUGCAUGUCAAGCAAAUGACAGGCCGUGAAUAUAGAGAUAUACAAUGUACUAUUGUUGCAUCAAUUGCAGGUGCUGUUUCACCCAGAUUCAUUUGCGCAAUCUGCAGCCUUGCACUUUCAGAUUUUCACUCCUUCAAGGAUGCUAUUGUCACUGCAGAAGCUAGGAAGGGGAAGAAAGAAGAUUUUUUUAUUCCAAAACUUGAGCUAAUGCAAAGUUUUGAGGGUAUGAUCAGGAGGUUGGGCACAUUGAUGCAAUUCUCAGCUGAUAUGACAGACCUUUUCCCCUGGAUGGCUCGACAAAGCAAAGAUUUCACGGAGCAGUGUGUUCAUAUUCUUAAUUGUCAGGAGUCAAUGGAAAUAUUUGGUUUAUAUGUGUUGUUGAUUUCUCAGGGAGCACCACUGGUCAAUGCCAUACACACUGAAGAUAAGGACAUUACAAUCACUAAUCCUGCACUUUCCUGGGUUUCCCGCAUACUCCCUGACGAGGUGAAGUCGGUUCAUGGUCCCAGACCAGUCCAUAACCACUUUCUUAAGGGCAUUCUUUCUGGAGAUGCGCUCGCCGCUUUCCAACUGAAUGUUACCCCAGACUAUAAAUCACUGUCACUGGCUGAAAUACGCACGAAAUACACUCUACCUGACUUUGAUCACGAACUCACCAACUUCAUUCGUUGUUCCUCCCUGGCUAGCAGUGAACACACCUGCUGGGACCCCAAAUAUGGGCGCUUCCAGCCAUGGGUCAUCAUGCCAAGCAGAGUAGUACAAGCAUACCCGCCAAGCAAUGAUUUCCCCUUGGGCAAUUGCAACACCAUUCCUAUUGAUGGCCCGGGCAUGGAUGGCAACAUAAGUUCUGAUGUGGAACUGCCAUCAUACCUCUCUAACCCACUUCUCUAUGUCCAGUAUUUCUGUUUCAUCUCUCGUCCUGAAGACCGUCCUGAACUCAUGAUGUGGACCGUGGAAUGCGUGUACACUCAUGAUGCAAAUGGUAACCAUCAUAGACAGGAAGCUGCCAUGUGA